GCUACAGAACCUUCUGAGCCGGCUACAGAACCUUCUGAGCCGGCUACAGAACCUUCUGAGCCGGUCACAGAAACCGUAGAGCCGACGUCAUCAGUUACCGAUACUCCACAACCUUCAGAGGCCGAAACAGAUACACCGGAACCAACAGAGCCCGCUACUGAAACCCCAGCUCCUACGAAACGUACUAAACGUACUAGACGCACGAAAAAGCCAACUACUAAACCCCCUACCCCAGAACCUACUCCGGAACCUGAAGAACCAGUUACGGAAGAGAUAGAAACAACAACUCGUCGAAUAAGAACGAGGAAAACAAAAGCAACCACUCCGAAGCCAGUCGAAACCACCCCUAGCGAACCAGAAACGACAAAGAAGGUGCAGCCGACCGUUCGAACUACCGUCGAAACUACAACGGAAAUUGAAAAUUCUUCUGUGUUAUCACAUUUGAGUGGAGUACUUGUUGCUAUCUUGUUGACAGCCUUCUUUAGGUGA